UGUUCUAAAGAUUCUCUUAUAUUAAAUUCGUAUCCUUAAUUUCUACACACAGAGACUUUAAUAUCUUUAAAUAUUAUACAUUCUUAGGGAGAGAGAGAGAGGGAUGGCGAUUGGAAUAAUGGAGGUGAAGCUGGCGGGUGCUAAAGGUCUCAGACACUCUGAUUUCCUAGGUAGAAUAGAUCCAUAUGUUUUGCUUCAAUACAGAAAUCAAGAGUACAAAAGCAUAAUUGCAAAAAGGCAAGGUCGCAAUCCAAUAUGGAAUGAGAAGUUUAAGUAUAUAGUCGAUUAUCCAGUGGAUGAUGAUCAAUACAAUCUUGUGCUCAAGAUCAUGGAUCACGACACGUACACUGCAGAUGACUAUCUCGGCGAGGCAAAGAUCUAUGUGAAAGAACUUAUAGAAUUAGGAGUGGAGAAAGGAAAGGCUAAACUUCGUCCUCGGAAAUACAGAGUUGUAUAUACCAACCUAACUUAUUGCGGAGAGAUUCAAGUUGGAAUUACUUUUACUGCAAAGAAAGAAACUGUUGAAGAAGACAUUAUUUGAAAAUCUUUACGAAGAUAUUUGAACGACGAAGAAUUAACCACCAAAAGAAUCAGCCUUUGGUAGCAAGAAGAAUAAGGAGGAAGAAAAAUACAUACUGACUUGAUUUGGGAAUUUAAUGUUGUUGUACAAGCAUUCUUUUGCUCCCUCUCAGGAAUUUGAAAUGCUUUAGGUGUAACGCCCCAAAAUCUUUUUAAUUUUCAUUAUUUUAUUCUUUUAUAAAAAUAGGCUCGAUGUGUUACCAA